CUUUCUUUCUGUAUCUCUCUCCCAAACACACAGGAACACACACACACACACACACACACACACAGGAACACACACACACACACACACACAGAGGCAGGCAGGGGGGCUUCCACUGUCCCAGACACGCUGUCUGCCUCUCUCGUCUGGGACAGAAGAGUGAGAGAGUGACGGGAGAGAACGGUAGAGAGAGAGGAGGAGAGGAGGAGAGUAAAACCAUGCUUCUACAUUCCCGAGCAUCAGCUCAAGGUUGAAUGAGGGAAGAGAUGGAAAACGGAGAGAGCGAGAAGAGGAGGAUGAGGAGCUGAGGCGAGAGAGCACAGCCUGCCUGUCUUCAUUCGCUCGAAUUGCCUGCUGCUGCAGAGCUCUCUCUCUCUCGCUCCCUCUCUCUCUCUCUCUCGCUCCCUCUCGCUCUGUCUCUCUCAUCUGUCCAUACCGAGGAUGCUCCGCUAACCGUCGUCUCUGUGGUUUAUCGUGAUAACCUGCAGCUCCUCCUGCGUGCUAACAAAAAAUAACGUGGCUGGAUAUAUCCCACUUUCCCAAGGAACCCCGCAGACCAACAACGGCCAUAUGUGAAGAACAUACUUGGAUUUUUUUUUAUCACUCUUAGGAUAUCUAAGGAUAUACAUUUUUUUCUUGGCACGAUUGUUUCUAAGGGGCAUAUUUCUCUUGUCUUCUUCUUCUUCUUCUUUUAUCCCUCAGGGUUGACUUUGAAAUAAAGUGGUUUUGGUCAGCCGGUUGUUGCUUCCCACUGGAUCUAACAGCAGUUCUGCAUUGCUGCAGAUGUUUGGAUGCUAACCCACUAACCUAUUGCUCUCCAUGGUUUCUGCCCAUGUAAAAAAGCUAUCGUCUUACAUUUUUAAGAUUUGCAAAGGAAUGUUUACAAAGAAACUGGCAAAUACCACAAAAAAGAAAGAGUGUAGCGAAAACAAAAAAGAUCCUAAGAUAUCCCCAGAUUUGCAUGCGCGAAAUCAGACUUUCUCCACCACACUGAAAAGCACAGUUAAAAAGAUAUCUAAAUGUUCUUCUGCUCGCAAUCUAUCUACUGAGGAAGACGACGGCAGGAACGACCGCUCUUCCCUUUCUCCCACGUUCAGUUACCGUGUAGCGAUUGCUAAUGGACUGCAAAAGAAUGCUCUCUUACUGAACAAUAAUGACUUUCAUGAAGUGCUAUCCAUUGAUAGUAGUUACACCGACUCUUUAAACGAGGCCAAAUUUGUCCAUAGAUUCGAUGAACAAAAAGCUUACACAAUGCCCGUAAGAAGGAAUAGGAAGAGUAUGAUUAGUUUAGCACCUUCUGAUGGCAGCUCAGAGGGCGAACGUGGAGAACGAAGCAGUCUCCACACUCUCCGACUCGGUGCUCUGAAAAAGCUCCGCAAGUGGAAGAAGAGCCAAGAAUGUGUUUCUUCAGAUUCGUCCGAGGCUAGCACCUGGAGGAAGACACUUGGCAUCAGGAGCAAGUCUCUGGAUCGGGCUGGGAGGCAGCAGAAAACAACCACACUGGAACCAGGAUCCAGCUCCACAGGCUGCAUCAGUCAGACCCAAGAUGUCAUGGAAAUGAUCUUCAAAGAACUUCAGGGAAUCAGCCAGAUUGAAUCAGAGCUCUCAGAGCUUAGAGGACAUGUUAAUGCUUUAAAAAGCUCCAUCGAUGAGAUCUCCAGUAGUGUGGAGGUGGUGCAGAGUGAGAUUGAGCAGCUUCGCUCGGGAUUUGUGCAAUCCAGACGAGAGACACGAGACAUCCAUGACUACAUCAGACAGUUAAGCCACCAGACCAACAAAGCUACUUUAAGAUUCCUAAAUGUGCCUGAGGAAAAAUUUGAAAGAACCGAGGAACUCAUUUAUCACAUUUUAAAGGAGAAAAUGGGUUUUGCUGAAGCACACAAGACACUUACAAUCGAACUCGCCCAUCGAUUGGGGCAACUAAGAGAAUGUUCAAGUGCUAAACCUCGACCUAUCAUAGUUAUUUUUUCAAAUCCUCAAGACAGGGAUUUAGUUUUGAAAAAAUGUUAUAAGCUUAAAGGUACCGGAAUAUCAAUCUCAACAGAUAGCCUCACGCAAGAGACGAAAGACAGGAAAGAACGAGGGAUGACCUCUUCUCAGACCUAUGAAAGCAUGGACAUGAAACUGCCAAGUGCCAAAGACAAGGCCGAGAGUGAUGACUGGGAAUCAUUGGACAGUGAUAAAGAACUAGAUGAAUUAAGCAAAAACAAAUAUGCAAUUGUGGUCAAACCACCUCAGAAAAUAAAAUCGGACAAAAAAAAGUCUCACGAUCACAGGCGGUGCGCAGACGACACCACGUAUUCGGUGCAUUAUGCUGAUGAUGCUGUUUAUGAUGACAAGCAAAACAAAUCUUACUAUUCUGACAUGACCCCUGGAUGGCUCUCGCAGAGUGAUUACUCCACCCCAAAGCUCAGUCGCUCAGAAUCCGACUGCUCCAAACUUUGCCCAUCUUACUCUGAAGAUUUCUCUGAGAGCCAGUACUUUAGCAGAGUUAACGGAUGCUCCCUGCUUUCUUCGUCCGACCAGGAGCUCUGGCAGCGUAAACAGGAAGACAUGGCUUCUUCCUGGUAUGCAAGCCCACCCAGCCAAACACUCAGUCAGGAAAACCCACCAUAUGUAGAGCACAAUGAGGUUGAGACCACAGAGACAAUUGACAGUGGUGUUAGUAAUGGUCUGGUGUGUAUAUCAGGGGACAGAAGUCACUAUAGUGGCUCUCAACUUUCGCUGCAAGGUGACCUUUCACCAUGGAAAGACUGGCAUCACCUUGAGCAAGGAGCCGACUCAGGCUUGGAUGCCUCGACUGAACAUAAUAUAGUCUCAGAAAUCAGCAGCCCAUUUGACCCAGCUGCUAACCCUGGGUUCCCUGAAAAAAUUACAAAAUGCCUUGAGGUUGAUUUGCAGUUUGAAGGUGAGACAUUUUUGACAUUUGACAGUACACCUGAGACAACACAAGAACCUGACAUGGAGACUGAGUUAGAACCUGAGCCAGAACCUGAACCAGAACCCGAACCAGAACCUGAGCCAGAGCCUGAGAUAGAAGCUGUAGUAGAACCAAUGCCAGUACAAAAACCUGUGCCAGAACCAAAAACAGAAAAGAAGCCUAAGACCAAGCCGAAGACACAAACCAAACCAGAGUCUGCCCCGCAGACUCUGCAACGACAGGAGAGUAAGGGGAAGGGGAACCAACUGCAGCAAAAUCAAAAGUCUUCCACUAUGUAUCGUAGUCAGAGUGAGAUCAGGGUUGAAAAGGUUGAAGAGGUCCCGAAAUCAUGGAGCAGCAGACUGAGCAUAGACUUGUCUGAAAAAACCUUCAGCUUUGGAGGCUUUGGCUCAACCUUACAAAGGGCCAAAUCAGCUUUGGAAGUAGUCUGGAAUAAAGGAUCUCAAAGCUCCAGUGCUCCUGCUGAAGAGCCAAGUACUAUCCCAUUUAUUGGCCGGUUCAGGACUAUGUCUCAGUCAACAGCCAAUGAUUCCAGCACCACUAUCGACUCUGAUGUCUACAACGAACCCUUCUACUACAAAGCAGACGAAGAUGAACAAACCACAGCGCAACCCGUGGACAACGAGACACAUUACGUCGAAGUGAUGGAACAGGUGCUGGCCAACCUUGAAAACAGAACAAAUGCCAAUGAGGCAGAGGAGGAGUACCAAGAAGAUGAGUAUGAAGUCUCACAAGAAUAUGACAUUUUACAAGAAGGGAACCCAGUUCUGGAAUACGACUGCAGCUUAGAUGAUCAGUUUGAUGAAGAAUACAGUGAGGACUAUGAUGAAAACCAGAUGGCCGACGACAGGGAGGAGUACGAGGCCAUGAUCGAAUACAUCGAAGAAACAGAGGAGGCCGAGGAUGAGGCUGAUGAACAAGAGGACGAAGAAGCAGAAGUUGAGGCGGAGGUGCUAGAUAUAGCACGAACGCAAGGAGCAGAAGAUGACAAAGAAAACAUGACUCAGGAAGAUGAAAACAAAAACGUCACAGAGACUCCGGCAGUGGUGGAAGAACCGGCACCCAAGAAAAGGUUACGACCAACGUUUAAAGAAGCUGCUUUGAGAGCAUAUAGGAAGCAAAUGGCUGAGCUUGAGCAGCAGAUCCUGGCUGGAGACAGCGCUGACUUGGACACACAGGGUCUGGAUCCAGCCAAGCUUGGCCUAAGCACUGGAGGAGCUGGCAGUAUUCUGUACGGCAUCGACAGCAUGCCAGAUUUACGACGUAAGAGGACCAUGCCUAUAGUCCGAGACCUGGCCUUGACUUUGGCUGCUCGAAAGGCAGGCAUCUCGUUUGCCCUGGUGACCAGAUCCACCCUGAACAACGAGGAGCUGAAGCUGCAGGUGUUGAGGAAGACUCUGCAGGCGUUGAUCUAUCCCAUAUCAUCUACAACGCCUCAUCAUUUUGAGGUGUGGACGGCGACAGCUCCAACCUACUGCCCCGAAUGUGAGGGUCUGCUGUGGGGCAUUGCACGUCAGGGCAUGCGCUGCACCGAGUGUGGGGUCAAGUGUCAUGAGAAGUGUCAGGACCUGCUGAACGCCGACUGCCUGCAGCGGUUCCUCCAGGCUGCUGGCCUGACAGAAGCACGCUGUCCUUCUCCAUCAGUCAGAUUAAUGAUGAGUCUUUCUGUAGGAGGAGAAGCUGUGAGAGAGAAAUUUGUGAAACUCUUGGAUCAGUUACACAACUCUCUGAGAAUCGAUCUCUCCAAAUACAGGGAUAAUUUUCCUGCUGGAAAUCCAGAGAGGCUCCAGGACCUGAAAUCUACAGUAGAUCUACUGACCAGCAUCACCUUCUUCAGGAUGAAGGUGCAGGAGCUGCAGAGUCCUCCGAGAGCCGGCAUGGUGGUGAAGGACUGUGUGAGAGCGUGUCUCGACUCCACCUACAGAUACAUCUUCGACAACUGCCAUGAGCUCUACAACCAGCUGCUCGACCAGACAAAGAAGCAGGACUUGCCACGUGAGGAACAAGGGCCGUCAAUAAAGAACCUGGAUUUCUGGCCAAAGCUGAUCACACUGAUGGUGUCUGUGAUUGACGAGGACAGGACGGCGUACACACCUGUCCUCAACCAAUUCCCUCAGGAGCUGAACAUGGGCAAGAUCAGUGCAGAGAUCAUGUGGAACCUGUUUGCUAUGGACAUGAAGUACGCCAUGGAUGAACACGAGAAACAUCGGCUAUGUAAGAGCACUGAGUACAUGAACCUGCACUUCAAAGUCAAAUGGUUCUACAACGAGUACGUCAGAGAACUUCCAUCCUUCAAGGGAACGCCUCCGGAAUAUUCCCUGUGGUUCGAGCCUUUUGUUAUUCAGUGGCUGGACGAGAAUGAAGACGUCGCCAUGGAUUUCCUGAACGGGGCCCUGGAGAGAGACAAGAAAGAUGGGUUCCAGCAGACGUCCGAGCACGCUCUGUUCUCCUGCUCCGUGGUGGACGUGUUUACGCAGCUCAACCAGAGCUUCGAGAUCAUCAAGAAACUCGAGUGCCCGAACCCUCAAGCCCUCGCUCACCUCAUGUGCAGAUUUGCUAAAACGAUCAACAAAGUGCUUCUGCAGUAUGCUGCCAUCAUCUCCAAAGACUUCAGCAACCACCUGAGCAAAGAGAAAGUACCGUGCAUCCUCUUGAACAACAUCCAGCAGCUCCGAGUUCAGCUGGAAAAGAUGUUUGAAUCCAUGGGAGGGAAGCAGGAGGAAGGGGUUGUGGCCUUCUGUAAGCUGGAUGCUGAAGCGAGUGAUCUGCUGAAGGAGCUCCAGAAUAAACUCAACACCUUCCUGGAUGAGCUGAGUUCAGUGUUCGGUUGCAGCUUUAAGCUGGUGAUUGAGGACUGUGUUAAACAGAUGAACCAGGAACUGAUGCAGAUGAAAGGCAACGCUGCCAACAAGAGCAACGCAGCCAUGGACGCUGAGACAGUCCUCCGUCCUCUCAUGGACCUGCUGGAUAAAAAUCUCAUCCUCUUCGCUAAGAUCUGUGAGAAGACGGUGCUGAAGCGUGUGCUGAAGGAGCUGUGGAAAAUCGUCCUGAACACCAUCGAGAGGCAGAUUGUCCUGCCGCCGCUGUCUGACCAAACACAAGGAGCUCAGAUGAUCUUUAGUGCAGCCAAGGACCUGGGCCAGCUCUCCAAGCUGAAGGAGCAUGUGACUCGUGAGGAGACUCGCAGCCUGACGCCUCGCCAGUGUGCAGCCAUGGACCUCGUGCUUCCCACCAUCAAGCAAUAUUUCCAUGCCGGAGGGAACGGCCUGAAGAAAACCUUCCUGGAGAAAAGUCCUGACUUGAAGUCUCUGAAAUACGCGCUUAGCCUUUACACCCAACCCACAGAUGCCUUGAUCAAAAAAUAUAUAUGCACCCAGAUGUCUCAAGGGCAAUCAUCAUCCAGCCCUGUGGGAGAAGUGGUGUUGCACGUGGAUCUUAUCUCUCACCCCGGCACCGGAGAACAUAAAGUCAAUGUGAAGGUGGUGGGUGUGAACAACAUCAACUGGCAGACGAACGCCAUGUUCAGACCCUUUGUGGAGGUCAACGCCAUCGGGCCGAGCCUCGGCGACAAGAAACGCAAAUACAGCACCAAGACCAAGAACAACAACUGGUCACCCAAAUACAACGAAACAUUCCAGUACGUUCUGAGCAGCGAUCACGGCCCGGAGUCGUACGAGCUGCACGUGUCGCUGAAGGACUACUGCUUCGCUCGCGAGGACCGCGUCAUCGGCGUCACCGUCCUGCAGCUCCGAGACCUGACCGAUAAAGUCAGCCUGAACGCCGCGUAUCCUCUCAUCCGCAGCAUCACCAUGGACGAAACGGGUCUCACCAUCACGAGGAUCCUCUCACAACGGACCAACGAUGAGGUGGCCAAAGAGUUCGUACGCCUCAAAUCAGAAACGCGCUCGGCGGAAGAAGCGUCGUGAACAGACGGACUCGCCGGGAAGCAAAAAAUAAUAAUAACAACGAAUCAAACGAUUCGUUAUUAAUUAAAAAAAAAAAAAAAAAAGAGAAGACGGGAAGAAAAUGAGGCAGGAUGUGGCAACAGCGCAAGAGAGUCGUGUCGUUCGUUUCUGUGCAUGUGUGUAAAACAUCUGUUGGAAUGUUCUUAUGAAAAACUUAAAGCGUAUGUAAUACACGUGUUUACCUGCUGUAUGCUCACUAUCAGAUAUUAUAUUCUACGUUCACGAGACAUUGAUACGUUUUUGUAUGAAACUAGUCUUUUACGAACAGCUUUUUGUUCAGAUAAAGUGCCAAACCUGCUGAGAAAAAGAACAAAAAAAAAUAAGGUUAUUGGUGACGUUGGUGAUGUUUUGAAUUUGCCUGAUUAUUGUGUGUGUGUGUGUGUGUGUGUGUGUGAGAGAGUGUGUGUGUGUGUGUGUGUGAGAGAGUGUGUGUGUGUGUGUGAGAGAGAGUGUGUGUGUGUGUGGGAAUCAUACUCUCUUUAAUCGUGUAGCAUUUUGUCUUUUUUUUGUCCAUUCCACGCUUUUUUUAAUCCCUCGACGUCCCCGACUCUUUUUUAAACAGCAUUUUUUUAAGGACAGUGAGGACGCUGUCCAAUUCUUCGUAGGCGUUUGUAAUUUUAUAGCCGCUGACGACAGCGAGGGCCGCCUUCAGUGCCGAGCAGAUCGGACCGCAUGCGUUUUCGUGCCGUCUUCGUCUUUCGUGGAUUAUUAUUGGUUUAUUUCUGGGCUUUUGGACUGUUUCGUUUCCUUUCUUUUGGCUUCCAGCCUUUCAGAAUGAUCACUGUGAAAACAUGCGCUUGGACAGACAAACUCCAGCAUUUACACAUCACUGGAUCUGAUAUCAUCUCUCUCUCUCUCUCUCUCUCUUUCUCUCUCUCUUUCUCUUUCUCUCUCUCUCUCUCUUUCUCUCUCUCUUUAAUUUCUAAAAUAACUGCCAAAGUUAUAUUCAAAAGUUACUUGUACAAAAGCAAUCCAUUACCUGUCUGCAGAUUAAUUAUAUGCUACAGUACGUACUCGUCUGUGCUUUUAUCGUUUUUGUUUGUUUUUUCCCCCGGAUCGAUUCGUUCCUUUCGUUUCCGUGAUGUCGUGUCUGAUCGAUUCCGAAAUGCGGAUUUCAGGAUUAUAUCCGUGCAGAUUUUUCCACGUUAUCGGACGUGAACGUCAUAAUGUGAACGUGAAUGUGGGUUUACGCGCGCGUCGUCUCGAUCCGUCGUUUUCUGUUGGGUUUUUCUUUACAGAGGAAAUGAUUUAAUAUUUGGUGAUUAUGCAACAUUCCUAUGUAUCGCACUGAUGGCGAACUGUAUGUCAUGUAAAUAUAUUUAGUGAGAAAUUGUAAGAACUCGUCCAUCUGUUUUUGUUUUGCCUGUUUGUUUGUUUGUUUGUUUGUUUGUUUGUUUGUUUGUUUUUUAAUCCAUAAAACGCAUGUAAUGUAACGUUUAUAAAAGCAGGAUGUUUAUCUGCAGCUACGUGACAGAUGACGGCCAUUAAAAUGCUACAACAUCGGAAAAUAACGUUAUUAUUAAAGGUGACGG